UCCAAAGCACUUCGAAAGUCUUUCUCGCGACGCACGUUUCGGCACCAUUCUUCCGCCAGAGAACCAAUCUUCUUGAGCUUCGUAUUUGAACCGAUCAACCUCCGGAACCAUGAACUACCUCUCAAUAGCAUCCUUGUGCCCGUGCAUGAUGAGCCCACGUUGGACGCAACUGCGUUUGCUCUUAUGGAAGUGCUACGUAACCGUGGUCCGCAGACACUUGCUGGUGUUCGUCCUAGAGCUGUUGCUUCCGUGCGGUUUAACACUGACGAUGGUGUACACACGGCAGAUGGUGUCUUUCACUUCUGUAACCAACAGCACUAUAUUCGGACCGUUUAGCUUGAAUCGGCUGCCUUCUCGAUUUCGACUGUCACCACCAAGCUCCGAUCAUUGGAACCUCCUGUUCGCUCCUGACAAAGGCCCAGCACGUGCGGUCGUUGAACGUGUGGCAUCAGCGGCUGUGCCUCCUCUGCAAGUGCAAGGAUUUCGCACCGAAGCAGCAAUGGUGCAGCAUUAUGUGGAUGCAGUGAACAAGCGUGACUCCAUUCUCGGAGGGGUUGUAUUUACACUCAUGGACGCAAACGACAGUAUCACUGACUUUGACAAGUACAUCGAGUUCAAGUCUGCAUCGUUCUUCCAUUUUCAGGUACGGCUUAGGGCAGCUCCGAAGAUGAAACUCUCCGUGUCUGAACCUUUGCAGUCCUGGAGCACAGAGAGCAACUUCCCUCUGCAAUUUGUCUUUUCACCGAGGCACCCGGAGACGAAAUACGAUGGAAGUCCUGGCUACGUCUCGGAAGGAUUCCUGUUCCUACAGCACGCUAUCUUCACAGAGAUAAUUCAGCACGUUACCUGGAAACUGAACAUUACUCCGCCAGUGCCGACGCAAUUGCAGUUGUGUCGGUUCCCUUUGCCGCCCUAUGUUUCGGAUUCCUUCCUUUUUAUUCUACAGAAUUUUUUCCCAAUAAUUGUGCUGCUCAGCUUCCUUUAUCCUUCACUGAACGCUGUACGACACGUGACCGCUGAGAAGGAGUCUGGUAUGAAGGGCUAUCUGGUUACGAUGGGCAUUCGCCCUUUGCUAAACUACGUCGCCUGGUACAUAACCAUGCUGGUAGUCAUGAUUAUAACCAGCGUGUUGCUCGUUAUUAUCGCCACAACAUCUUUCACUAACAAAGGUUCUGUUCUGAGGCAAAGUGACCCUGUCCUUGUAUUCCUCCUGCUUUUCACCUUCUCCAUGAGCACGCUUUCAUUCGCUUUCUUCAUUAGCUCGCUGUUCAACAAAGCCAACUCUGCCGCCUCCGGCCACGGGAUCGCCUAUAUACUGACCUUCGCUCCGUUCCUCUUCGUGUUCUCCCAAAACCAAGAUUACUCCUAUGGGUUUGCCAUAGCUGUUUGCUUCAUGUGUAACACUGCUUUGCCUUUGGGAAUUACUAUCAUAGCCCUUCUGGAAGCCCAAGGUGAGGGAGCGCAUUGGUACAACAUCAGCCGCCAGAGCCCAAGCUUCGGCUUGUCCCUUCUUAACAUCCUCGGAAUGCUGAUCGUUGACUGCUUCGUCUAUGCUGCUCUUUUUUGUUUUGUGGAACGCUGGACAGCACGAACAUGGACUUUAAAGGGAAUGUGGACGCACCUAAUCGCAAGGGAAGACACGCCCGGUAAAUCCAGGGAGACUGAGCCACCUGAAGCUAAGCAGAAGGACAAAAACGUGUAUUUUGAGCAAUACUACCCAAAGAUCUUCGCUGGAAUCGUCUUAAAGAAUUUGACCAAGGUAUUCGGUAGCAAGAAGGUAGUGAAUAAAGUUUCCUUCAAAGCUUACCGAGGACAGAUUACAGCCCUCUUGGGUCACAAUGGUGCAGGCAAAACCACAACGAUUCGCAUGAUCACUGGCCAGCUCAAACCAACAGGUGGUAAUGUGCUCAUUGACGGUCAUGACGUCGCGAAAGACAGCAAGGCCGCCCAUCAACACCUCGGUAUCUGCGCCCAACAAGAUAUACAUUUUGAUAAUAUGACAGUGCUUGAGCAUCUACUGUUCUUUUGCAAACUGAAGCAGAUGUCUGCAAGUGACACGGAGGAACAGGCGAGGAAAAUGAUGUCAGCUCUUAACCUACACCGAAAGGCGGAUGUUGUCUCCAAGCAUCUCUCAGGGGGCAUGAAACGAAAGCUGUCUAUAGGAGUGGCUCUCAUCGGAAUGUCCAAAGUGGUCCUCCUUGACGAACCAACAGCGGGCAUGGAUCCAGCAGCCCGUCGCCAGAUGUGGGACCUUCUGCUCUUCGAAAAAACCCACCGAACCAUACUGCUCACCACUCAUUCCAUGGAGGAAGCAGAUGCUCUUGGAGACCGAAUUGCCAUAAUGGCCAACGGAACAAUACAAUGUUGCGGAACGUCCUUCUUCCUCAAGAAAAACCUAGGAGCGGGUUACCACAUGACUAUAGUGAAGACUCCCGAGUGCAAUGUCCGUACAAUACUGGAAGUAGUCGUUGCGUUCGUGCCUUCUGCCGAAAUUCAGAGCAACGUUGGAGCCGAGCUAGCGUUCCGCCUAUCGCGCUACGAUCAGCCCUACUUCCGUCACAUGUUCGGCUACUUAGAAGAGAACAAGGGGAAGCUCGGCAUCUCCAGUUUCGGAGUCUCCGUCACAACGCUCGAAGAGGUGUUCCUCAGGGUUGGCGACUACGCAGCAAACGCAAUGAAGAAGCUCAGACGCACUGGAGAAAGUGAACAGCUGGAUGAAAACACAACAAACCAACUUAUCUCAGUGCUGGGGUCAUUCAAGUCACCCGUGGACGAGAAUCAAUCCGCGCAGCUCUUUGGCUACCGACUAUUCGUCCAACAAACUUGGGCUAUCCUGACUCUCAACGCCCUCAACACUACUAGAAACAAGGGACUCACGCUGUCGCAGCUCUUAGUGCCGAUGUGUGUUCUUCUUUUUACGCUGACGUGGAUAGCUGCGCUGCCAAAGCUGCACAUACCAGGACCGCGCUUGCUCGACAUCAACGCAAUCUACACUACUACCGUGCCGUUUUCGUUCCGUGGCCCCAGUUCCGCUGCGUUGGCUGCUGCCUUCGUCAAGGUGAUCCGUCCACAGGCGGAGCCGCUGCUCUUACAGAAGGACGUUGUCACCUACCUUCAAGGACACUUCAGCUCAGCACGCGACGCUUUCGUCCUUGACGAGGUUGUAGCUGCAGAUCUAACAGACAGUGACAAUAGUACGAGCGAAUCGUCGCGGAAAGCACUGAUGUAUUUCAACAAUCAGAUGUUCCACACUCCUGCAAUCGCACUAGCCACCUUUCAGAAGGCACUGCUGAUCGAAACUACGAACGAUGAAAAGUCCGAGCUCCGAAUCAUCAACCACCCUUUUCCCAGAGUUGUGGAAGAGAAGGCGAAUAAGCUGAUUACAAUGCACAGAGAGAGCUUCCAAAUCGGCCAGCAAACCAUCUUGGCAACUUCGCUGCUGGUGGCCACCUUCACUGCAUUUCUGGUCCAGGAUCACGUUUCGAACUCUCGCCAUUUACAACGCACAUGCGGCCUGAAAAUGACGUCGUAUUGGGUCGCCAAUUUGACGUGGAACUUAUGGAUAUACCUGGUGUCCUGCUUGCUAGUAAUGCUCUCAUACUUGGUCUUUGGGACGCAGGGCUUCUCUGGUUACAAGGAACAAGCCAUAUUAUUCCUGCUGUACUUCUACUAUGGAUGUUCAGCAUUAACCGCUGUAGCUUCAGCUUCGUAUUUCUUUUUCGACUAUUCGUCCGCGUACGUGCGGUUUGGAAUCAUCACGUUUAUCGCAGGCAUCUCGGGUCUCGUUCUCGUUGCAAUCUUUGAAUGGCCUGGCCUGAGUGACCUGCGAGACGUGGCCAGCGGCAUCGAUGGUGUCUAUACAUUCAUCGUGCCAAUUUAUGCCUUGGGGCGUGCUUUCAGCAACCUCUACCGCACGGCUCACUAUAAUCAAGUAUGCAAUGAUGCCUCGACGCAGGCCUUUCUGUGCGAGGUGAUGCCAGACAGGGCGCGCUACUGUUGCAAAGACUACUGCAAGGAAAAAGAUUGCAUCGACUGGCAACCGGAUCUGCUAGCCUGGGGGACCCCGGGCAUUAUCAAGGCGUUCCUGUGCUUUAGUCUGCACACUGUGCUAGGGCUCACUGCGCUGCUGAUCUGCGAGAGAAACGCUCUUUACUUUGUAGAACGUGUCACCGUCGGACCGGCACCAACACAACCACUGGACGCGAACACCGGCGAGGAUAAGGAUUCUCCCUGCGCCACAGGAAAGAUUGCUGAAGAUGCUGAUGUACUGGAAGAGAAACUGCGCGUCACGAGCAAGGAUGUGUCGGAGCUGGCCAAAAACGACAUCGUACUGCUGAAGGAGAUGAGCCGCACAUAUGGCUCUAUAACCGCUGUCAACGGACUAUCCCUGGGCAUCAAGCGAGGGGAAUGUUUCGGCCUAUUGGGUAUAAACGGUGCAGGAAAGACCACAACGUUUAAGAUGCUGACCGGCACUAUUACGAUGAGCUCUGGUGACGCUUUUGUGGAUGGCUACAGCGUCACUAAAGACACGUUGCAAGUCCGUCAGCGGAUUGGUUACUGUCCUCAACAAGAUGCAUUGCCAGAUUUCUUAACCGCACGAGAGGUUCUUACACUGUACGCGAGUAUCCGGGGCAUUCCCCGGCACCUCAUGACGCCUCUGUCCUCUGUGCUGUCGAGGCUGUUUUACUUCAGCAUGCAUCUCGACACGAAAAUCAAGGACCUGAGUGGAGGAAACAAACGAAAGGUGAGCACAGCCGUGGCCUUUAUGGGCAGUCCUCUGCUUGUGAUUCUGGACGAGCCAUCGACGGGAAUGGACCCAGUCGCCAAGCGGUGCUUAUGGCAUUCCCUGCAACAGCUCAUGUUGCACGGACGCAGUAUCAUACUGACGUCCCACAGCAUGGAGGAAUGUGAGGCGAUGUGCAGCCGACUGGUGAUAAUGGUGAAUGGCCAGUUCUGCUGCUUAGGCUCGCCACAGCACCUGAAGAAUAAGUUUGGCAGCGGCUACUCCAUAAUGGUUAAAGUUGCAAGGCAGCGAAGCUCCCUCACAUCGGUUACGUCGUGGACCUCUCUCAGUAUUGAGGAGUCCGUUAGCUCCGAGAUCGUCGCCAUCAAAAAAUACAUGUCGGUUCGCUUCCCGUCGAUCGAGCUCAUCGGUCUGCACAACGGACUGCUGGAGUACCACCUUCCAAGUUCGCAGCUCAGCUGGGCCCAGGUGUUUGAUGUGAUGGAUCAAGUGAAGACCGCCUUCAACGUUGUGGACUACUCUGUCGCCCAGCUCACGCUGGAGCAAGUGUUCUUGCACUUCGCCAUGCUCCAGCGGGAGGAACGCAAAUGAACCAGAUCAUUUCAUUUUAUACGCGAUGUUGAUUCCCUAUCACUGAUACAUGUGUGUUAUGCGCAUAAUUCUUGUUCAUCUCGACUGCCACAUUACGCACGAGCACACGUGACAGGUCCACGAGUUGGUCUCUCAUGAAACUUCGUGACGCUGCUACCAUGGGAUAACAAACGUAACGGGAAGUGUCCCUUGCGUAUUUACAUAACUACACUUCGCCGUCGGUUUGAAAGCUUCAUGUUUUGGUAAUGUGACACUACGCAUAAAAUAAAAUACGCCUGAAACAGAAACGAGA